AUGCGUCCGCUUAUGAUAGUGCGCGCCUUAUUGGCAACCCUGCCACUCGUUUCAUCCGGCGGUCUACAAGGCCUAAGGGAUCUGGUCGAGCGGCACCUCCCAAUGCACUCGAGGGAGAUCUCAUUUGUCCUCCGCGAAGACAACCACACAUUGGGCGCAUCAAACGAUGAGUAUAUGGUCCGUUGUGAUGCAGGCACAGUGAACAUCGAGGGAAACUCCGUUAUUGCUUUGGCUUCAGGUCUGCAUCGCUACCUUGCUGAUGUCGCGCACGUCGAUAUCUACUGGUUCACUGGAAGCCAGUUGCCUCGGCUCCAGGCCUUGCCUGCAUGUGAGCCACUGAAGGGUUCAAGCAUUGUUUCCUGGAGGUAUCAUUUCAACACAGUUACCUUUUCGUAUACCACAGCCUUCUGGUCAUGGGAAGACUGGGAGCAUGAGUUGGACUGGCUUGCUUUACGAGGCGUUAAUCUACCCCUCGCCUGGGUGGGCUAUGAGAAAAUCUUACUAGAGACGUUUCUAGAUGUCGGACUUGCGCAAGAACAGGUCUUUGAAUAUUUCAGCGGUCCCGCCUUUCAAGCAUGGAAUCGAUUUGGCAACAUUCAAAGCUCGUGGGCGGGCGAGCUCACCAUUUCUUGGAUUGAUUUGCAAUUCGACCUGCAAAAGAAGAUCUUGAAGCGCAUGACUGAACUCGGUAUGACCCCCGUACUACCAGCUUUUACCGGUUUUGUGCCACGAGCCUUUUCGACAGUGUUUCCCGAGGCAGAUAUAGUCAACGUGUCGCGGUGGAACGGCUUUAGCUCGGAGUUUUCGAAUGUCACAUUUCUAAAGCCUUCCGAUCCGCUUUUCACAUUGCUACAGAAGAGUUUCCUGCGAAAACAAAAGGAGUACUAUGGCAAUAUUACUCAUAUAUAUACCCUUGACCAGUUUAACGAGAACGAUGCUAUAUCUGGAGACCUCAAGGAUCUAGGUGCACUUGCCAACACAGUCUGGCAGAGUCUGAAGGACGCAGACCCGGACGCUGUUUGGAUGCUUCAAGGCUGGUUGUUUUUCUACAAAGCAGAUUUUUGGACACGGGAAAGAGUCAAGGCCUUCUUGGAUGGAGUAACUGACGACAACGACAUGCUGAUUCUGGACUUGUACUCGGAGACAUAUCCGCAGUGGCAAAAACUGGACUCUUACUUCGGCAAGCCAUGGAUCUGGUGCCAGCUCCACGACUUCGGUGGGAAUCUGGGACUGUAUGGUCAAGUCAUGAACGUGACGAUCAAUCCAGUCGAAGCGUUAGCCACCUCGCCAUCGCUCGUGGGAUUCGGUCUCACCAUGGAAGCCCAGGAAGGUAAUGAGAUCAUGUAUGACCUGCUGCUAUCCCAAGCAUGGUCGUCUACGCCCAUCGAUUUACCUCAAUACUUCCAUGAAUGGGCAAAGACUCGAUACGCUGAUACCUCAGGCCGUGACCUACCGGGCGCCAUAUACGAGACAUGGGACACUCUGCUACGGACCGUUUACAACAACACCGACUUGAUAUCUACCUUCUCAGUGCCCAAAUCCAUCUUUGAGCUUGCUCCAAAUGAAACUGGUCUUUUGGAUAGUCCAACCCAUAUUCCCACCAAGAUUGUGUACGACCCGAGUACUUUAGUCUCCGCUUGGCGCCUAUUUCUCGAUGCGGCCGAUACCCUGCCUUCUCUGCGAUCCAACGUGGCAUAUCAGUUUGAUCUUGUUGAUCUCACGCGGCAAGUGCUCGCGAAUGCAUUUUACCCCUUAUACGAUACCUUCCUUUCUCACACCAACCUCACAAGUGAAAGGUUUGACAACCAAGCUUCUCUAAAUGCAGCUACUUACGCGCAGAGCCGAAUGCUGUUACUCCUCACAACGCUUGACAAUGUAUUGCGAUACACCCCAAGUAGAUCGCCUGAAUCAUCACUUAUUUCCUGGGUCAACGCCGCGUGCUCAUGGCAAUACUCCAUCUCCUGCGCAACAGACUCUAUAGCUCGUAAUGCUGUUAAUCAAGUCACUCUCUGGGGUCCAAACGGUGAGGUCAAUGACUAUGCAUCACGUCAGUGGGCAGGACUUGUUGGCGCAUACUAUCUGCCACGGUGGCAGAUAUUCACAGAUGCCUACUUAGAUGCAUUCAGAGAUCAGGUUUCCGUUGAUCAGACAAGCCUGGGGGCAAAAUUAUUAGUUUGGGAAAAGAAUCAGCAAGAGGGUCAAUUGGUACAGAAUAUGGGCGAGUUGAGAAACCCAGAAGAAUUGUGGGAUACAGUGAGAAUCAUUGAAAAAGAGUGGUGUGACUCACUGGGGUGUUAG